CGCCGGGAGCCCUGACUCUAUGGCCCGGGGGGAGCGCGCCGGAGCCUCCGCGCCGCCCAUCACCAGCGGGAACCCGAGCGCCAGCCCGAGGAACAGGGGAGCCUCGGGCGCCGCCGGCCCCGGCCCAGGGGCCCGCCCGCGGCCCCCGCCCCGGGGAAUGGCAGGCAGGUAGCCGGCUCGCGCGAGGACCCCCGCGGCGGGCAGGCCCUGCCGAGGACGGCGCGGCCCCGAGAGAAGGAGGAGAGCGGCGGCCCGCCCGCCCCCGGCCGCAGCCCCGGCACGGCCCUCCGCCGGCGGCGCGCGCUCGCGCGCGCACCCAUUCGCACACCGUACCUCCGCUCCUGCCCAGCCUCUCCUGCCCCCCGCGAGUGCCGAACCCCCUGGGGCCGGAUGCCAUGGGUAACAACUUCUCCAGUAUCCCCUCUCUGCCCCGAGGAAACCCGAGCCGGGCGCCGCGGGGCCAUCCCCAAACCCUCAAAGACUCCAUUGGCGGCCCCUUCCCUGUCACCUCUCACCGAUGCCACCACAAGCAGAAGCACUGCCCUCCGGUGCUGCCUGGCGGGGGGCCCCCGGCCACGCCGCUGCUCUUCCACCCGCACACCAAGGGCUCCCAGAUCCUCAUGGACCUCAGCCACAAGGCCGUCAAGAGGCAGGCCAGCUUCUGCAAUGCCAUCACCUUCAGCAACCGCCCAGUCCUCAUCUACGAGCAAGUCAGGCUGAAGAUCACCAAGAAGCAGUGCUGCUGGAGUGGGGCGCUGCGGCUGGGCUUCACAAGCAAGGACCCGUCCCGCAUCCACCCUGACUCGCUGCCCAAGUACGCCUGCCCGGACCUGGUGUCCCAGAGCGGCUUCUGGGCCAAGGCGCUGCCUGAGGAGUUUGCCAACGAGGGCAACAUCAUCGCUUUCUGGGUGGACAAGAAGGGCCGUGUGUUCUACCGCAUCAAUGACUCAGCUGCCAUGCUCUUCUUCAAUGGGGUCCGCACGGCCGACCCGCUGUGGGCCCUGGUGGACGUCUACGGCCUCACGCGGGGCGUGCAGCUGCUUGACAGCGAGCUGGUGCUCCCGGACUGCCUGCGGCCGCGCUCCUUCACCGCCCUGCGGCGGCCGUCAUUGCGGCGCGACGCCGACGAGGCGCGCCUCUCCGUGAGCCUGUGCGACCUCAACGUGCCGGGCGCCGACGGCGACGACGCCGCGCCGGCCGCCGGCUGCCCCAUCCCGCAGAACUCGCUCAACUCGCAGCACAGCCGCGCGCUGCCCGCGCAGCUCGACGGCGACCUGCGCUUCCACGCGCUGCGCGCCGGGGCGCACGUGCGGAUCCUGGACGAGCAGACCGUGGCGCGCCUGGAGCACGGGCGCGACGAGCGCGCGCUCGUCUUCACCAGCCGGCCCGUGCGCGUGGCCGAGACCAUCUUCGUGAAGGUCACGCGUUCGGGCAGCGCGCGGCCCGGCGCGCUCUCCUUCGGCGUCACCACGUGCGACCCCGGCACGCUGCGGCCCGCGGACCUGCCCUUCAGCCCCGAGGCCCUGGUGGACCGCAAGGAGUUCUGGGCCGUGUGCCGCGUGCCCGGGCCCCUGCACAGCGGCGACAUCCUGGGCCUGGUGGUCAACGCCGACGGCGAGCUGCACCUCAGCCACAACGGCGCCGCGGCGGGCAUGCAGCUGUGCGUGGACGCCACGCAGCCGCUCUGGAUGCUCUUCGGCCUGCACGGAGCCGUCACGCAGAUCCGCAUCCUCGGCUCCACCAUCCUGGCAGAGCGGGGCAUCCCGUCACUCUCCUGCUCCCCUGCCUCCACGCCAACCUCGCCCAGUGCCCUGGGCAGCCGCCUCUCUGACCCCCUGCUCAGCACGUGCAGCUCCGGACCUCUGGGGAGCUCUGCUGGUGGGACGGCCCCUAACUCCCCAGUGAGCCUGCCUGAGUCGCCGGUGGCCCCAGGCACAGGACAGUGGAGCGAUGAGUGCACCAUUUGCUAUGAGCACGCAGUGGACACGGUCAUCUACACGUGUGGUCACAUGUGCCUCUGCUAUGGCUGUGGCCUGCGCCUCAAGAAGGCUCUGCACGCCUGCUGCCCCAUCUGCCGCCGCCCCAUCAAGGACAUUAUCAAGACCUACCGCAGCUCCUAGCCUGUGGCGCCCCACCCUGCAUGCCUGCCUCCUCAGGCUUGGGCCCCACUCCAGCCGAGGGGCAAGCCCACAGGGCCCCUUCUCUUCUUCCUCAUUUUGGAAACUCUUUUCCCUUCUUCAUUAAACACGGGAAACUGAGGCCCUCGAAGGUUUGGGAAGAAAGGGAGUAUAAGGCAGGGAGGUGAGGGGCAGAAACAAAUUGCCCAGCAGAGGCGGGGGAGGAGUCCGCUCCCUUGCUGUCUUUCCCUUCUCUGCACCCACUCUACCCUGCAUGCCGAGGGGCUAAACGGGGGUCUCAGCCUAUCCUAAUCCUUCCCCAUCUGGGGCAGAUUGCUAGGCAGUCCUCUAGUUCAUGUAAGAAUUAGAAAACAUGUCCCUUCCUCUGGGCAGAUGUGUCCCUGAGCUCGGGCCUUCGGAGUAUGGCUUGGACUUCAGUCUCCAUUUGUUCUCUCAGCCAGCUAUCCGGGAGCAGUGUACAACCUGCUCGACAGCAGCCCUAGGCAGGUAGCCCCUGAGCUGCUGCCUUACUCUCUGACCUGUACCCACCUUCUCCUUCCUCUCUUCCCUGCCCCUCAGGCCUGGCAGCCAGGGGUAAGGCUGGUGGAUACCUCUCACCCUGGGCAAGCGGCAGCCCCCAUGCCUUGUCCCUCUCCCACUAACCCAGGACGCGUGGAUGGACAGGCCACAGAAGGCUGCAAGUUCUGGGUCUCUGACCCUGUGCCCUGGCUGAGAUGCAGAGGGCCCCUUCCUGGCCAUAGCCUUUCUUCCCCAGUCAUCUCGCUAGAUGCUGCUGCCAGGGACAGCCUCGGUGCGGGCUGGAGAGCAGCGUCCGUCCUCUGGAAGGUUCUCCAAGAGCAGGUUGGCAUCUGUGCUCUGAGACCUGUCCUCCCGGAUCUCAGUGCUGUCCUGGGCCUGGCUGAUACUCAGACUGUGGUAUACCCGGGUGAGGCCAGGACCCU